AUGUCUGAUUUACAUAAACUGUUCUUGAAAAGAGCUAAACAAGCGGAGGCCAGUUUAGGUUUAUCGAGUUUGAGUGAAGAGGGUGAUGAUCUUCCAUCACCAUUGCCAGCCACUAUCAAUUUUCCCAAACAGACCACUCGAAAAAGGGACGAAACCAAUCAUUUCCUGAUCCAUAAAACUUAUGAGAAUGCCCGUUCUAGCUUCACACAAUGCCAAUUCACAAGAGGUGAUAUCACUUUCGAAGUGUAUUAUCAACCUCCUGAGGUGGAGGGGAUAACAUAUGUCUUGAAUCAUGGUGCAGGUUCAUCAUCAAUGACAUUCUCCAUGAUGGCUCCGAGGUUACCAUCAGUUUUAUUGUACGAUAUGAGAGGCCACGGACAGUCCACUACUUCUAGACCCCCCGAUUAUUCCCUUGAUACAUUGACAGAUGAUUUCCAAUUCGUGCUAAAACAAGCAAGAGAGAAGUGGGGUAUCAAAGAUGUGGUAUUAGUGGGACAUUCUCUUGGAGGAGCAGUGCUUACCAAUUAUUUGGUUAAGAAUGAAGAUAAUCAAGUGAAAGGAUUAGCGAUGAUUGAUAUAGUUGAGGAAACAGCCGUGCAUUCUUUGUCUGCUAUGACUGGCUAUAUAGAUAAGUUACCCUCAAGCUUUGUCACAUACGAUGAUGCAAUUCAAUGGCAUAAGAAGAUGGGAUUACUCCAUAAUACUUUCAGUGCUCAGAUCAGUAUACCAGAUUUAUUCUUCGACAGAAACGGAAAACUAUACUGGAAGAUGAACCUUCGAGACACCAGUCCAUUUUGGGAAACUUGGUUCAAGGACUUGUCUUCAAAUUUCGUCACAUGUGGGGAAAAUGUAGGGAAGUUAUUGAUCCUAGCUGGACACGAAUCGCUUGACAAAGAUCUUAUGAUAGGUCAAAUGCAAGGAAAAUUCCAAUUGGUUGUAUUGCACGGAGGUCAUUUUCUUCAAGAGGAUGUUCCUGUCGGAGUUGCUGCAACAUUAACAGAUUUUGGUAGUAAAAUUCAAGAUCCUGAAGGUUACAUGAAAAGAGAAUUGGGUGUUAUACCCAAAUGGGGAGGUAAGAUCAAUAAGUAA